GGUUCACCAGAUAAGCCUCUGCCACUCAGGUGGAGGAGUGGGGAAUCAAACCUGGUUCUCCAGAUUACAGUCACCCUGCUCUUAACCACUGCACCACGCUGGCUGUCUACAGGGUCAUCCUUCCUCCCACUGGACAACACUCUCCACCACCAACAGAGCCAAGAGUCUUUCAGGAGUUGUUGGGUUGGCAUGAAAGAAGAGAACCUAUUUUAGGAUGUUCCGUCGGUCACCGGCUAUAAAAUUGAAUUUGAGGGAGUUUCUUAAGGGCACGCGGGGUGAGGCAGAAAAGACAAAAUGGCUCUACCUCAGCUCUGUGGUUUCCCAACAGGAGGAAGAACCCACGACCCAAAUACAGACGCUGCCAAUCUCCCGGACCUCGGAACAGGAAUUACAGGAAAGACAAGCAGUUGAAGUGGAGGCCUUGGAAAGUGAAAUGGGUCGCCUGGUGGGGCAAAUUGAAGAGCUAGAGGGCCAGAUGGCCACACUGGGGCUGACACUCACACAGGUGGAGGGAGAGGUACGGCGGCAGCAGCUGGGAGUAACCGAUCUGGAGCAGACCCUGCGCGUGAAGGGUCGUACCGUGGAGUUGCUGCCCGACGCGGAGAACAACAUGGCCAAGUUGCAGGUAGUGGUGGAGAGCAGCGCGCAGCGGAUCGUCCAGCUGGCUGCCCAGUGGGAAAAGCACCGAGUGCCGCUCGUCCAGGAAUUUCGGGAGCUCAAGGCCCUGCAUGACUCCAAGGAGCUGGAAUCAUCGCAGCGCCUCUUGGAGAUCAGGGAACUGCACGAGCGGAUCCGAUCGGCUGCUGACGAGGCUAAGCGCAAAGACGAUCUCUACAAACAGUUGGUUAGUGGCUCGAGGGCGGGAGUUCUGUGUGUACCUGCGUGCACUUUACAUAUUGCCUGCAUGUUAGAGGGCGUUUUCUCUUUGUGCCACCACACCAAGAUAUAAACUGCAGCCUUUCAAUAAAACAGUGCCUUGGGAUGCACUGGUAAGACUGUUUCUGUGCAAGUACAAAGAGCAGAGCUUCCUAUUACCUUAGCCCCCCACCUGGGCCAAUGUCCUUAGCAUAUAAGAGCAGUCUUAGCGUAU